AAAAAAACCCAAAGCAAACGGGCCGGGGUUUACGUCCUUGGCACCGGGGCGCUCUGUAACACCGUCCUCCUUCUAUCCUCGUGGAACACCGCAUCGAGGAGAAGCCUCGACGCCUUCCAUGCCUAAUGAAAGCACUCAAAACCAGAGGACUUCCCGCCAUCACCUCCCUCCCUUUCAAAGCCUUCAAAUACCACAAACUCCCACUGCAGAACCGUGUGGACGCCCAAAUGAUCAAAACCGGCUUCGAUCUCCAGACUUACCACACAAACCACCUCCUAGAGUCUCUCCUCAGCAAUGGUGAACUAUCAAAGGCACGCCAACUUUUCGAUGAAAUGCCCAUUAGGAACAUCUUCACCUCCAACCGCAUGAUCUCUGGCUACGCCAAGUCCGGCGACCUCGGUGAGGCCCGUCGCCUGUUUGACCGCACUGAAGACCGCACUUGCGUCACGUGGACGAUCAUGGUCGAUGCCUACGCCCAGUCUGGCCGCCCUCAGGAAGCCUUCUCCCUUUUCAGUGCGAUGUGCAGCUCGGGCAUCAAACCUGACCAUGUGACUACAGCCACGCUUCUCAAUGCCUGCGAUCGCCCAGAGCUGUCUGGCUGGGUGGUCCAAGCUCAUGCUUAUGCUGUCAAGUUGGGUUUCGGAGCCACUCUUAUGGUGUGCAACACCUUAGUGGACUCUUACUGCAAGUGUGGACUUCUUGAAAUGGGCCGAAGGCAUUUUGAUGAGAUGCCAGGGAGGGAUUCGGUCACGUACAAUGCGAUGGUGAUGGGCUACUCGAAGGAAGGGUUCUACUUUGAGGUGUUGGAGCUCUUGACUGAGAUGCGAGCCUUGGGAUUGAAGCCGUCACAGUUCACUUUCUCGGGUGUUCUAACUGCCGCAACUGGAUUAGGUGAUAUUGGUCUUGGCCGGCAAAUCCAUGGUCUAGUGAUCAGAACGAAUUUUGGCUGGAAUGUUUUUGUGAACAACUCACUGUUGGAUUUCUACUCGAAAUGUGAUUGCUUGGAAGAAGCAAGAGUACUUUUUGAUGAGAUGCUGGAGAGAGACAAUGUUUCUUAUAAUGUGAUGAUCUCAGGCUAUGCAUGGAAUGGGCAAACCAAAGAGCUUCUGAAUCUCUUUUGGGAGAUGCAGUUGAUAGGUUUUGAUCAGAGUCAGUUCCCUUUUGCUAGUCUACUGAGUGCUGCCGGAGUGCUCCCUGAUCUCAAAAUGGGGAGACAGGUCCAUGCUAAAGUCAUUGUAACAGAUGCAGCAUCCAAUGAUCUUGUAGGCAAUGCACUCAUUGAUAUGUACUCAAAAUGUGGUAAUUUGGAGACAGCAGAGAUGAUUUUUAUGAAUAAAACUGACAGGAACACCAUCUCAUGGACAGCAAUGAUCUCAGGUUACAUUCAGAAUGGGCUCUAUGAAGAGGCUUUGGAGCUUUUCCGUGAGAUGAGGAGGGGCGGUUUGAGCCCAGACCGUGCAACAUUUUCUAGCAUUCUGAGAGCUUCAGCAGGUCUUGCUUUGCUUGGGCUAGGAAGGCAGCUGCAUUCGUAUAUUAUUAGAUCAGGGUACAUGUUGAAUGUGUUCUCAGGGUGUGCCCUUCUUGAUGUGUAUGCGAAAUGCGGGUGCUUGGAUGAGACUCUUCACGUAUUUGAGGAAAUGCCCUACCGGAACAUAAUCUCAUGGAAUGCUAUGAUCUCGGCAUAUGCCCAAAAUGGGCAAGGGAUGAAGGCUAUCAAACUAUUUGAAGACAUGCUUCGAUGGGGUGUGGAACCAGAUUCAGUCACCUUCCUCAGUGUUCUUUCUGCUUGCAGUCACAGUGGCCUCAUAGAUGAGGGCUUGCGAUUCUUUAAUUCUAUGACAGAGUAUUACAAGCUAAAACCAAAGAAGGAACACUAUGCUUGUGUAAUAGAUUUAUUGGGUCGGGUCGGUUGUUUGGAUGAGGUCGAGAGGUUAGUGGAUCAGAUCCCCUUUGAAGCUGAUCAGAUUAUAUGGAAUUCAAUUCUGAAUUCAUGUAGGAUUCACAGUAAUCAAGAGUUAGCGAGACGAGCAGCUGAUAAGCUGUUUAGUAUGGAGCUCAGGGAUGCUGCUCCUUAUGUUAUAAUGUCCAAUGUCUAUGCUAGAGCAGGCCAAUGGGAAGAUGCUGCAAAGGUGAAGAAGAUGAUGAGGGACCGAGGAAUGAGGAAGGAGCCUGCUUAUAGUUGGGUUGAAAUCAAGCAAAAAGUGUACACAUUUUCAUCCAAUGAUUCAACCAACCCUCAGAUAAGUGAGAUAAGGGCAGUUUUGCAUAAGUUGAGUGAGGAGAUGGAGAAGCAAGGCUACAAGCCCAAUACUGGGUGUGCACUUCAUUUGGUAGAUGAGGAACUGAAGUUAGAAUCAUUAAAAUAUCACAGUGAGAGGCUGGCACUUGCUUUUGCUUUGAUAAAUACCCCACAAGGGACACCGAUACGGGUGAUGAAAAACCUUCGAGCAUGCACAGACUGCCAUGCUGCAAUCAAAGUGAUAUCCAAGAUUGUAGGAAGGGAGAUUAUAGUGCGAGAUUCAAGCAGGUUCCAUCAUUUUAAGGAUGGGUUUUGUUCUUGUGGAGAUUAUUGGUGAGUUAACCAAUCACAAGUACACACGUGGAGGAGAAAACAAGGACAUGAUUCAAUUUUGAAUUAGAAACAUGGAGAUGUAAAACUAACCAGGGAAUUCAACUUGCUGAUCUUGGCCUUGCACGAUCAUUCGCCAGUGAUCACAAUGGAAACCUAACAAAUUGUGUGAUCACUUUGUGGUAUAGAUUAUGGUCCUGGUGCUGACAUGUUGUCUGUCAGUUGGUAUCUUUAUGGAACUUCUCCAUCAAAAACUUGCUGGGAAAGAAUGAGGUGGGAGACAUGACGCGCAUCACACGGUGUCGAUACUAAUGAUGGGAAUUUCUCUAUGGAGGCUUUUGUGUAGAGUUCUCCAUUCAACAUGUGGAGGAAUAGCUGGAAAAAGAAAAAAAAAAAUUAUACCUCAUGCAUCGCUUGGAGCCAGCAUUCGUGAUGUAGGUAUCAUUGGCAGAGAGUUUUCUUACAAAAGGUUUUCUAGAGUUCUCAACUCACCAUAUGGAUGGACAUUGAUAUUAAUGCCAAUAUUAAUGGCAAGAAUUUCUACUCGGUCACUAUUAAAGUUCAUUAAAGGGAUUAUAGAAAUUCAUCUGAUUUUUUGUUAUUUAUUAUAUUAUUAUUUUAAAUAGAACCUUAUCAGCUGUUAUCGAGAGACUUUUAUGGAACCUGAUGAUCUCGAAAGUUUGCAUUUAGCACAUGUUAUCCAUGAACUCUUAGUUUUAUAAAUCAGCAUAUUUGAGUAUUCAUUCCCUUGAACUUAUACAUAUAUAACAUUCUAUCAUGAUCUAAAGCUAGAGCUUGACUAUAGUUAUUCUCAAAAAGCCAUGUUAGUAACUAACUGAUGUUUUAGGUCAUAUACAGCCUCCCUUAUAAACAAGUUAUAUCAUCCAAGAAUGUUAGCUAAUAGCUUGUCUUUUAGUCAGCUUCGUGCAUGAUGGUAUUGUUGAUAAUGCUCAAUCCUUUAGGAUUGGAAGGAAAUUGUUCAGUUUCUCUGGUAGUUAAAAACCUGGCAGACUUUACUUGCAGAAAUGGCCAUGGGCUUGUAUGACAAUAUUUUUUUGGGAAGGGAGAGUAGCCUUUGGAUUAAUGGAACCUGUUAGGAUGGGUGUGCUGGGGAUCCACGAUUUUAAAUGAUCUUAUGUAACUUCUCUCUUUCCUACCAGAAAUAUGUAGCGAGUAUAAAAUGAACGGUAGCAAUAUAGGUAGUGAGAUAAAGUAUGUUGUACAUGCAUUAUUUUUCAAAUCUAAGCCAUUUAUCCUACUCUAAAUACUUUAGAAUACAUCAAAUUUCAGCUGAUUUGAGUACUGCUAGAUUAUAGAUUGAAUGAAGACAUGGCAUAUACCGUUAAAAUUAUCCAUUUUUCAUCGACUAGAUGCAUGGUAAAAGAUCUCAAAGCUGCAUGUUUUUCUUAUGCAUCAUAGAUUAUUUUUAAUGGCAUGCUUGUCAUUUUGCAAGGUCUAUUACUAAUUUCUACUACAAACCAUGUGGGACCAAAUGGUAAGAAGCAUUGUGACUUAUUAUAAGGUUAAAUUAUGUAUUCAUUUAUAUAAAAAAUAUUAGAAAUAUAAUAUUUUGUUAUUUUAUUGCGUUAUAAAUCAUGAUAUUAAUCAUAGUUUAUCCUAAUAUCUAACACUAACUUCUCUAUUGUUUUUCUUUGUGAACCGUCUCCCAUUGUCCGGGCUCCACUGUUUUCUUUUUUCCACUAUCUUUGUGGUGUAGGCUGUGGAACCAACAUACAAAGGACUCUAGAGUAUGUGGAUGAGGUGCUCCAUGUAGAAUUUAGGGUAGGCCUGAUGCUUAUUGGAGCAUUUGAUAGUGCAUUAAGCAUCUCUAUGGUCGUUAAUUUUU